GCGAAAAACACCGGGAGCAAACAGUACCCUCGCCGGCUUAUUAAUAGCAAAUAUACAUAAAAGAUAUUUAAUUGGGGGAUAUACUAAUUUAUUUAUUGACUUACUUAUAGGUCUUUGUUUUAUCUGUUCGCACUAUAUGGUGUUUGUACAUUAAUUAGUAAAUGUUUCAACAUUUUGUGUCUUUGUCUUUUUUUCGAAUAGAUUUAAUGGUUAGUUGGUGGGUGUUGGGUGGUCUUAGAAAUAAGGGUUUCCAAAAAAGAAAUGGAAUAUAAAAAAGUUAUAGUUUUUUUAGUGAUUUUAUGUGUUUUUGGUCAAAAGACCUACGGUGAUUCGAGAUAUAUAACUCUUUCAAGAAUAAAACGCAAUGCAACCGAAACGUGUCCCGCCUUACAACCCCCAAUGGACGGCCUAACACAAGAAGACUUUAUGUUAAAACUAACAGAGAGUUGCAGAUUUGACCAUCUGGCAAGACCACCAACUGAUCGACCUCUACGGGUCAAUUUCCAAAUUGACAUGAAACAUAUCGAAAAUGUCGGAAAUAACGAAUUUAAGUCUCAUAUGUUCGUGCAAAUCAGCUUCAGGGACACCAGGUUACAUUUCGCCGACCUGUCUCCGGCCAGGGGUGACAUUUUGGGGCAGGAUUCUUUGAAAAGUAAGAUUUGGGUGCCCCAUAUUAUUAUUAAGAAUGAAAAGUCUUCGAGCCUUAUGGGUCUUGAUAGAAAGGAUGUUUUUAUCAAGAUUACACCUUUAGGAGACGUAACUUACUCUUAUAGAAUGACCACCACAUUUUACUGCGCCAUGGACUUACGCAAGUUUCCUUUUGAUCAUCAAGUGUGUACCAUUAAUUGGAUGAGUUGGGCGUACAACGAAUCAAACCUGGAACUGCAAUGGGCCAAAGACGAGCCCUAUGUGAUAUCAGAAACCCUUCAGCUUACCGAGUUUGAACUGGACAAAAUCCGGGUCGAGUAUGCUAAAACCACCAUCAGUGAAACCUCUGGAAAUGGAUUCAAUGAAGGAUACAGCUCCCUUAUAUUCAAAUUUCGUUUAAGACGAGAGGCCGGUUAUUAUUUUUUGGAGUAUUUUCUACCCUCGAUAAUGUUGGUGAUAAUGUCUUGGGUGUCGUUUUGGAUACAAGCGGAUGCCGCUCCUGCUAGAACAACUUUGGGUACCGCAACAAUGUUAUCUUUAAUAACGUUAAACGGAAACCUCUCGAGAAACUUACCGAAAGUUUCUUAUGUGAAGGCCAGUGAAAUUUGGUUUUUCGGAGGGGCAACUUUUAUAUUUUGUUCUUUAGCCGAGUUUGCGUUCGUUAAUGUUAUUUGGAGGCGCAAGAAAAAGGUUGAACUAGCGAAGCCCAGUUCUAAAUAUAUAAUUAAGGGGGCGCUCUCUCCCAGGUUGGCUAGGAAAGAUUUACGAAAAUCCGAGUCGUUUUCUAGUUUUGAUUCCAGGCAUGGAGGGUCUCACCUUACAGUACACGGAUCCUCAAAUUCCUUAAACGUUCCAACGAUUAAUCCACCGAUGACCAACGGAGAAAACCCGAACCCCAAUCCGGACACUUCGCCGCCAACACCGACCCCAUCGCAACAGGCCUGGGCGGAAAUGACCCCACAGGAAGUGGCGAUAUGGAUCGACCGAAAAGCCCGAAUAUUCUUUCCGGUUAUGUUUUUAAUUUAUAAUUUGUUUUAUUGGAGUUUUGUUUAUGCCCUAUAAGGAUCACUUUAAUUAAUUGCAUGCUCUUGUGAUAUUUCAUUCCUAUGACUACGCGUUCAUGAUUUUACUUAGUUAAUUAUAUAGAAGUGUUUCAGUUAGUUAAUAAAUGAUUAUUGAUUGGAAAUA